AUGUACACGUGUCUUGAGCUCGAUACUGAAGAAGUACUACAGAAAAACUGUCUCACUGAGCUGAGCAAGCAGAUUCACAAUGCCAUUGUGUCUAACACGAGCGACGAAUUGAAAUCGUAUCUCGCAUGGGUGGCCGCUCAACCAGACAAGGCUAAAAUUGUGCCAACAUUUGAGUUGGAUCGUGGAGAUUUUGCCGUAACGGCAUGGAACAAAAUGGGAAUGUAUUCAAUGACAGAUUUCGAAUGUGGUGUUCAUUCUCUACGAAUCACAUUUCCUCAGGGUACCUCGUUUCUAGCUGCUGUCAUUUUGUUCUCAAUCGAGGAAAUAGGUUCACCAAGUAUCGACGUUAUUCUCGGGUUGCCCAAGGAACAAAUGGAAUUACUCGAAAAUAAUCCUGAUUUUAGAAAAUAUCAAUAA